AUGUGGCGGGCGGGGGCGGCGGGCGCCGUGCGCGCCGCGGGACGGGCGGUGGCGGCGGGGGCGCGGCGAGGGUGCGGCGGUACCGGGAGCGCCCCGAGGGCGGGCACAGGCGCCGUCAGCAGAGGCCGCACGCAAUUACAGUAUUCUUCAGAUGUGAAGAGCAGGACUGUUUGGUUCAUGAAUUUGAGAAAUACAGGAACUCUGAGUGACACAAGCUCUUUAGAUGAGACCACCUAUGAGAAACUGGCUGAAGAAACACUGGACUCCUUAGCAGAUUUUUUUGAGGACCUGACAGAUAAACCUUUUACCCCAGAAGAUUAUGAUGUCUCUUUAGGGAGUGGAGUACUAACAAUUAAAUUGGGUGGAGACAUGGGAACAUACGUUAUCAAUAAGCAAACACCAAACCGGCAGAUUUGGCUGUCCUCACCCACUAGUGGGCCCAAGCGCUAUGACUGGACUGGACGGAAUUGGGUGUAUUCUCAUGACAGAGUAUCUCUUCAUGAACUACUAUCAAAAGAGCUUUCAACAGCUUUAAAAACUAAAUUGGAUUUGUCCUCCUUAAUAUAUUCUGGGGAAGAAGAUACUUGAUUGUAUUCUACCUCAUGGAAGUUUUAAAGACUUCAACCUCAAGCCAAGCUCUUUCUUGGGCUGAAGUACCUGAGCUUAAUUCUGCUGUUUCUCUUGGUAUCAAUAUGUUGUGCAACAAAGAUGAAAAUAAUAUAUUUUUUCUUUAGCGCUCAGUCUUUGGAUUUCUGUGUGCUGUUUGAAUCUGUGCCCAUGUAGUACAUGUGGCUGAGGUCACCCAUCCUGUCUCUUCAUUUCUUGCUUUCUUUCUGCAGAAGUAAUGAAUUUUUAGUUUCUGUAGACUUGUUUGCAUGUAAGGAGUGACUACCUGGUGACUUCUGAACAACACACAAUCACUGAACUUUUCUUGGUGAAACAUUCACCCAAAAUGAGAAAUACCUGUAAGGUACAUAAACAUAAAUUGUGGUAUUGUGAAUGUAUUGCCUCAAAAUUUGUGGCUAUUGGAACACAUCAUAGUCACAUUUAACAUGUCAUAAUGUGUGUAAUGACAGUUUUUUUCUUAGUAUUGCUGACCUUGCUAUUCUCCAAAUUCUAAAUUGUGGUUUGUUUCACCUCAGGAUUUUUUUUUUUUUGAGAUAAACUUUAAAUUACUUAGACAUUUUUGUGGCUCUGAGUAUGACAUGGAACUGGAAGGGCUAGUAUGUGAAGUUUAAGCUGUACAGCAAUAUCUCUGCAAACAUUUCAUUCUGUUACUGUGCAUUUCUCUUUCUCUACCCUUUUGUUCUUCAAAGAGACAAAAUACUUUUAUUUUUUUUGAGCUGAGCAAAAUUAAUUCAUGGUAGUGAAAAUCUGCACUGAUUUUAUUCUACUGCAUUUCUUCAGUGGUUUUAGGUGGUGAUCUUGUUAUCACCAUGAUGUAGCAAGGCUCCCCGUGGCACUGUGCUGACGCAGAAAUUUUUUAGAAUCAAAUAUGGUUCUUAGGCUGAUGAAGCUGUCUUUGUCAUUUCCUAUUGAAGGAAAUUAACUAUAUACUCCAAACCUGAAAACAAAGUCAUUUAAAGAAAUCAUGAAUGGUAACACUUCAGCAGUUUUACUAUUGUAAUACUUGCAGGUUUUAACUGCCUAUAAAAUGGGAAGGACCAAGUUGUUGAUUUCAAUGCAUGGGGGAAAAAUUUUACCAUACUCUUGCAGAUUGUAUGAAAAGAUGUUCCAUGCACAUUAUUUUUCUUCUUGGUUUCUCUGAUGCUAUGGUUAGUUUGGCAUGAUUCUCUAGCUAGCUUUGACAGGUAAGGAUGGAUUUUGUCAUUGAAAAACAAUAACUGUAAAGUGUUCUUGCCCAGUAUUUGCAUUUAGAGUAUAAGGAUUGUUACCUGCUAUUUUCCACUACUAAAGAGAGAAACAUUUCAAUGGAAGUAGCUCUUGGUUAAUGGUGCAUGCUCUUUGCAUGUUUUACAAUCAAUAUAAAUUUUCGCUCUACUGAAUGAGGUAAAUACAAUGACUCCCAGAUCUCAUGAACAUAAGAAUAAAGCAUGUUUCUUUAAAAAAGUACAGGGAAGUAAAAAUAGACUAUGUUUUUGCUGUUCUGAAUUUAGAACACUGAAAAUAACUUAGAGCAUAUGGAAAUACGUAUUUUUAUGUGGUUACUUUUAUAAUACUUAGUUCAAUGUCCUACAAUUUCAGAUAGUCAUUUAAGCACAUUUGUGUAGAAGUUAAUGACUUUAUAUUUAAAUUGAGGAUACCUAGUUAUUCUGACCACAUGUGAUUAUUUUUUUCCAAUUGACUUUUUCAAAAAUUAUUUUCUUAAAUAUUUGCAUGCAAUAUGACCACUAACAUGCAUCUGAUUGGUAUUUGGAAGCUUAUUCUCCAUUCCCUUAAGUCUGGUAGAAAUGUUUAUACCAAAAUAAAAUUGCAUGUAGAAUUCUUAA